AUGCUGCUUUUCGUGCACGCAACACUGGUCUGCCGCGGAUUUAACGUGGACGAACGCUUCCCUGUGAUCAAAGUGGGACAAACCAAAGGCAGCUUCUUUGGAUUGUCCGUGGCCAUGCAUGAACAGACGGAGGGGUCCAGGAAGUACCUGCUUUUAGCGGGAGCGCCCAAAGAGAAAGCCUUAUUCCUGACGAAUGUUAAUGAAACAGGUGCUGUCUACUCCUGCCCCAUUUCCACGGAUGUCUCGGACUGUUCCAGAAUGGACCUGGUUACCUCUACAAACUCGGAAGAAAUGGUGGAGGGCAUGUGGCUGGGCGUGACUGUGGCCAGCCAAAGAGUGCAGUCGGCAGGACGCGUAAUGGCAUGUGGCCAUCGCUACGUCAAGGUCGUCCAAAGUGGCACCGAUGAGCAGCGACGGAUGAUAGGAAAGUGCUACGUGAGGAGCAACGACCUGACCUAUGACCAAAAUGAUUUCUGGCAGACUGACAGCUAUGAGGUGUGCGACCCCACUUUGGACUUGGAGAAGGAGGGAAUGUGCAACAUGGGCAUUUCGGGUGGUAUGACGGAGAAUAACACGUACAUGGGCAGCCCAGGAAGCUACAGUUGGCAAGGAAAUGUACAUAAUAUAUGGAGAAAUCCUGAUCCUCUCGAUUCAUGGGACUCCAGAAACAAAAACUUUGGAUCAUUGAAACAACAACCACAAACAAGAAAACUCUACUAUAUGGGCUAUUCAGUUCUUGAAGAGAAGCGCCUGCUGAGCAUUGACAACUACACGGUGGUGACAGGCUCGCCGAGGUAUGAGUCCAAGGGUUCCGUGGUCCUCGGGGAUAUGGCUGACAAUAACAUCGUGACGGUGCUCAUCAUCCCAGGGGAACAAGUGGGCUCAUAUUUUGGCAGCAGUCUCGCUGUCACCGACCUCAACAAUGACAAUUGGAACGACUUAAUUGUGGGAGCCCCGUUUUACUUUGACCGAAUGAAAGAUGAGGGAGGAGCAGUUUAUAUCUAUAUGAAUGAGAACGGAUCCUUCCAGAAGACUCCUACUGUGGUCCUCAAAGGUCCUGCAUCAUCCGCAUUUGGCAACGCAGUGGCUGCCAUUGGUGACGUCAACCAGGAUGGAUUCCAAGACUUUGCAGUCGGCGCUCCCUUUCAUGGCACAGGCAAGGUCUACAUAUGGAUGGGAAGUAAAGAAGGAAUCUCACAGAAGCCCAGCCAGGUAAUAGAGGGCAAGUCGGUGGACAAUGGAGGAUUCCAAACGUUUGGUUACUCCAUCAACGGAGGCAUGGACAUGGACGACAACAGCUAUCCUGACAUUUUAGUUGGCUCCCUUGACGACCGUAUCGCCUUGCUCAGGAGUCGGCCAGUCGUCCACUUAUCCCGGAAGUUUAAUGUGAUGCCAGAUAUUGUGGAUCCUAAUGAGUGUCAAGGGAAUACACCAUGCAUCACGGCCACUAUCUGCAUGUCUUUCAAUCUAAGCAAUGGCAACAAAAAUUUCAAGAAAAGCAUCAUGGUGAAAUACACGGUGGAGGCCGACAUUGAGAGAAGGAGGAGCACACGGGUUCGUUUCCAGGAGAACAAUGACGACACUUAUUCAGGCGUGCUGAGCCUGCCGGAUUUCAAAACUCAUUGUAGUUCUCUCUACCUGGAUGUCGUGAUGCCUUUGAGGGACAAACUGGAGCCAGUGGUCUUCUCCGUCAACAUGUCUUUAGAUGAACCAAAACCCAAAGCAAAACGCUCCAUUCAGAACUUGGACUCCUUCCCCAUUCUCAGUCAAAACCGGAAACUCACCAAAAGAGCCGAGAUUCACUUUCAGAAAGAGUGUGGCUUGGACAACAAGUGCACCAGUAAUCUGCAGCUGGCAGCUCAUUUUGCUGAUGAUCGGGAAAAACCUUUUCCCAGACAGGGCAAAGCCCAAGUUCUUCAAUUCAACAGCAACAUGAAAAUAAUAAGGCUGAUGGUGGAGGUGACCAACUUUCCUUUAAGGGGGAAGCUGGCUGAAGACGCCCACCAGGCCAUGCUCAAUGUCACCAUCCCUGAUGCGCUCCAAUACUCUGGAGUGAGGUCCCCGGAACAUGAUGUCGAAUGUCGUUAUGAAGGCACCGUCCUUUGUGAAUUGGGGAAUCCACUGAAAGGCAAGGAAAAGGUAUCACUUGACUUGAGGUUGGAGACGUCAGGUAUAGAUCUGUACACGCAGAAAAUCCAGUCUGAGCUGCUUCUGUCCACUCUCAGUGAGCAAAGUGACCUGGUGCCUGUGCCUGUAACCUUGUUCAUCGAGAACAGCAUUCUCCCCUCCUUCUCCAUAGAAAAUGCGCUCAUUCAAACCAAAUUCAGCGGGACGGUGAUGGGCGAGUCGGCCAUGGUGAACAGCAGCAACGUAGGCAGUCUGCUCGAGUUCACCUUCAAUGUCAACAUGGAGGGACCGCCCUUGGGGGAAUUGGGGACCCUUGCUGUGGAGUUUGAGUGGCCCUUUGAGGUGUCUAACGGGAAGUGGCUUCUGUACCUGACUCAGAUCAUUGUUCAGACUGAGUCUGAGAGUGAAUGUCGACCACCUGGAGAUGUCGUCAAUCCGCUCAAUUUAACUCUGUCUGAAAGCGCAUCGAAACGUGUCAAAAGGCAAAUCGAAGUGGAGCAUACAGAUGAUACGACUCCGCCUCACAAUAUUCAGCAGCAGAACAAGCUCACAUUGCUCACGCCGCGAAAAGAAGCACACCAGUUGGAAUGCUCCAAGGGCACAGCACGAUGCGUGACCUUUACAUGUCCUUUGUUGAACAUGACCAACUCAGCCAAGAUUCAUGUCCGCGCCCGUUUAUGGAACAGCACAAUGCUCGAGGACUUUGCCAAUGCUUUGUGGAUCAAAGUUGUAGGUGAAGCCACAUUGAAACUCAUCACAGACAAACCCACCCUUAAAAUGGAAAGCCAGCCCAUCAUGUUCGCAGUGGAUAUCGAACCAGUGGAACGGGUUGAGACGCCCUAUGAACUUCCACUGUGGAUCAUCAUUUCUGCCAUCGUAGCAGGAGUUUUACUUCUAGGAAUCAUCAUCCUCAUACUUUGGAAGUGUGGCUUCUUCCAGAGGGCCAGCAGGAGGGAGAUGUAUGAGGCCAAAGCCCAGAAGGCUGAGAUGAAGAUCCAGCCCUCUGAGACAGAGAGGCUGACUGAGGACUACUGA